CAGAGCAAGACUCCAUCUCAAAAAAAAGAAACUAAUGGGAGUGACUUUACCAGGGGUGGCAGGUUACUGUCCCUAGUGAACAGAACUGGAACUCUGCUAGAAGGGAGGAAAGAAUAAAUGGAUGCUGCUUAAGCCAGCAAUAGUGUCUGCCUCAAAGCCCAACCCAGAUAAUCUAAAAUGAAUUGCCUGAAGUCAAAGUGAGGAAACUUUUCCUCUCUCUGUUCUGACAGCAGGUCAUGCCCUGACCACAGCUGCCCUUCAGGAGCCUGGCACAGAGCCACCUGGGGUCAUCGGGCUGUUUGUCAAGGGUGGGGCAGCAGCAACUUGCCUUUCUCCAUGAGCCCAGACAAAGCCUCCACUGGGCGCUCAGCAGAAGAGAAACCCUGCGGGAGCCAGAGUCCAGAGUGCUGGGAUCCAGCAGGAGUGCCAGCAGAAUACAGCCAAGGUGUGCUGCCUCCUCUCCUGCCAGGCGUGUGGCUGGACACGAGUCUUGCUGAUGGUGGAAUUCAAAUCACCAGUGCCCAAAGUACCCUUCAGGUGUGAAGAGUUGCAGGCCCUUCGAGGAGCUGGGAGCUGCAAGGUUCUGAAAAAGACUUCAAGAAACUGACUAAUCUGGAUGGCCACCCCUGACAGAAGGGUAGUCUCCAGACCCCAGAGACCUGGUCAGGAGUCUGGCCAGAAGCCGAAGGGAAGUGGAGCCCGCCUGCAUCCCCUGGACAGCCUGGAGCAGAGGGAGGCUCAGGAGCUGAGGGAGACUCAGGAGCAGGCACCAGGCCAGCUAGUCAUGCUGAGGAAGGCACAGGAAUUCUUUCAGACCUGUGAUGCUGAAGGCAAAGGCUUCAUCGCCAGGAGGGACAUGCAGAGGCUGCAUAAGGAGCUACCGCUCAGUCUGGAGGAACUGGAGGAUGUGUUUGAUGCCCUGGAUACUGAUGGCAAUGGCUAUCUGACCCCAGAGGAGUUCACUACUGGAUUUAGUCACUUCUUCUUCAGCCAGAAUAACCCAAGUCAGGAAUAUGCAGGUGAACAGGUGGCCCAACACCACGAAGAGCAGGUGUAUCAGUCCAGAGGGGAGGAGGGUCUGGGAGACAUGGAUGAAGACGAGGAAGCCCAGUUCCAGAUGCUGAUGGACAGACUUGGAGCCCAGAAGGUUUUGGAAGAUGAAAGUGAUGUCAAGCAGCUCUGGCUGCAGCUGAAGAAGGAUGAGCCUCAUUUACUAUCCAACUUUGAAGAUUUCCUGACCAGAAUCUUCUCUCAGCUCCAAGAAGCCCAUGAGGAGAAGAAUGAACUGGAGUGUGCCCUAAAAAGGAAAAUUGCAGCUUAUGAUGAAGAAAUCCAGCAUCUCUAUGAGGAGAUGGAACAACAAAUCAAAGACGAGAAGGAGCAGUUUCUUCUGAAGGACACAGAGAGGUUUCAAGCCCGCAGUCAAGACCUGGAGCAGAAACUGUUAUGUAAGGAGCAGGAGCUGGAGCAGCUCGCCCAGAAGCAGAAAAGGCUGGAAGGUCAGUGCACAGCCCUGCAUCAUGACAAGCAUGAGACCAAGGCUGAGAAUAACAAGCUGAAACUCACUAACCAGGAGCUGGCCCGGGAGCUGGAGCGGACCUCCCAGGAGCUCCAGGAAGCUCAGUGGCAGCUGGAAAGCCUCCAGCAAGAGGCCUGCAAACUCCACGAGGAGAAGGAGAUGGAAGUGUACCGCGUGACAGAGAGUCUACAGCGCGAGAAGGCGGGGCUCCUCAAGCAGCUGGAUUUCCUAAGGGAAAGGAACAAGCACCUUCGGGAUGAACGGGACACAUGUUUUCAGAAAGACAAGGCAGCCAAGGCAAACGCAGCUGCUUCCAAGGCAAGCUGGAAAAGAAGAUCUGGCUCCGUGAUAGGCAAAUAUGUGGACGGCAGAGGGAUUUUUAGGAGUAGUCAGUCAGAGGAGGAGGAGGAGGUGUUUGGCAUCCCAAGGAGAAGCUCCCUGGGCCUGAGUAGAUAUCCCCUAACAGAAGAGGAGCCAGGAGCCGGGGAGACAGGGCCUGGGGGUCCCUACCCCCGGCCACUCCGCAGAAUCAUCUCCAUUGAAGAAGACCCCCUGCCCCAGCUCCUGGAUGGCGACUUUGAGCAACCCCUGAGCAAGUGCCCAGAAGAGGAAGAGGUCUCUGACCAGAGGGUACAGGGACAAAUCCAGGAGGCCCCGCCCUUGAAACUCACCCCCACAUCUCCCCGAGGACAGCCUGUUGGAAAAGAAGCCCUGUGUAAGGAGGAAAGCGUUCCCUCUGCCCCUGACCGGCUCUUCAAGAUUGUGUUUGUGGGCAAUGCUGCGGUGGGAAAGACAUCGUUCCUGAAGAGGUUCUGUGAGGACCGGUUCUCCCCAGGCAUGGCGGCCACUGUGGGCAUUGAUUACCGUGUGAAGACGGUGAAUGUGGAUGACUCUCAGGUGGCCCUGCAGCUGUGGGACACGGCUGGGCAGGAGAGGUACCGGUGCAUCACCCAGCAGUUCUUCAGAAAGGCCGAUGCUGUCAUCGUUAUGUACGAUCUCACAGCCAAGCAGUCAUUCCUGUCGGUCCGGCGGUGGCUGAGCAGCGUGGAGGAAGCUGUGGGAGACCAGGUUCCUGUUCUUCUGCUGGGUAAUAAGCUUGACAAUGAGCAGGAGCGGGAAGUUCCCCGGGGCCUUGGAGAGCAGCUUGCCAAGGAGAACAAUCUGAUCUUCUAUGAAUGCAGCGCCUACUCUGGUCACAAUACCAAAGAGUCCCUGUUCCAUCUAGCCAGGUUCCUCAAGGAGCAAGAAGACACAGUGAGAGAGGACACCAUUCAGGUCGGCCGACCCGCUAAGCAGAAAUCCUGCUGUGGCUGAUAGGGCCCUACCAGGACUGCCCCCAGCAAGCCUGAGGUCACAGAGCCUGCCCUGAUCCUGCACAUGGCUCCUGCACAGUUGCCACCCACCAGGGUCCGCCCAGUCCUUUUCUUUGUCAGUCACUCGCCUCCCCCAAAAGGAAGGGAAGCACAUCCCAUCAGGAGAGCUGCUCUUGGAGCAUCUCGGAGUCUUUUCUCUCCUUUCUGUUUCUAGACCCCAGAUGCCCAUCCCUUUGUUGUUGUUGUUGUUGUGUUUCCCUGACUUAGUUUCCUGGGGGGAAAGAAACAGAUGGGCUUUUCCAGAAAAACCACCAUGUGCCUUCUCCACCCCCCUUCUCCUUCCCUCGCCCUUAGGAGCCUCAGCACUGCUGUUGCCAUGACAACCAUGUAGGUCCUGACUUGCGGCUUCCUGCAGGCCAAAGGUACAGCACUCAGGUGCCGCCAGGGUAGUUAAUCUUGCUUGGCCCCUGUCCUCCGGAGGCCAAAGGGAUACUCUUACAUGUGCUGUGUGGAUCUGGAGAUACCUGAGUUGUUGUUGACUGCAGCAAACCAGGGCAGCCACAUUCUAUUCUACCCCUGACCUGGGGGCUCCGCUCUUUCCGUAAUGCCAAGCUUUGAGCCUUCCCUCUCAGCACCAUGUCCACUGCCUCUGCCCCCUUGGGUUUUCUGGAACAGUGCCUUAUGGAGAACCUACAGCCUUUCCUCCUCACCCCCCACCCACAACCCUGACUCCAGGGUGGUCUGUGGGUGAGAAGGGAUGCCUGGGGUUAGGGAGUGGGCUGACUUCCUACUUAACUUUGAGAAAUGAAAAGAAAACUAGUGGAAAAAAGCUAUCUGCUGCUAAACAGAGCGACCAUUUCUGGAAGGUAUAAAUGAGGUAUAUAUAGCUAUAUAAAAGCCAUUUUCUAAAUGUUUCUCAAAAUAGCUCUUUGAAAAAUCGUACAUGAUGAUUAACAGGGUAGACUGACAAGCAGGCAGUGGGGCCCAGCACAAGGGCCGUAGUUACUGACUUCAUUUUAUUUUCUUGUACUUUAUUCUGGAACACUGUAUUUUUUUCAGUGUGGCUGUGAUGUUGACAUUUGCCGGUGUUUGAGAAGUGAGCAGAAUGUAGCACCCCCGACUGCAGCAGCACAGGGCCCUUGCACUGGGGGAGUGAUCUGGGCCCCGUGGGACUCCUGCAGCUGGGUGGUGGUGAGUUCCCAGCCAGCUCCGGCAUCACUAGCCAGCCGUCACCGCACUCUUGCCCUGAGUGGGAAGUUGAAUGAAAGUUAUUACAAAGAUCACUGCCAAUCACUGGGCCUUCAGACCCAGGCCCCUACAGGAAAGUGGGUGGUUCACACCCAAGCAGGGCACACAGAGAGGAAGAGGGGCAGAAAGUGUCCACAGGCUUCCAACAAGGCAGUUGAAGACAACCCCACAUAGCCACACGGAGGGGAGAAAGACCACUGGCCAGAGUUCCCAAGGCAUUCCGAUAGCCUCCUCCCAGACUCCCAAAAUAGUCAGAGGCCCCCUGGGCAAGUACCUACCUCUUUUUUGCAGACUCCUCUCUUUCAUUGAGCACUCGUAGGAACCAGAGAGCCCAUGGAGGGUGCUGAACUAAAAUGACGACGGCGUACCAGAGGUGCUUCUUGAUCCUAAGCAAGCCCGCUCCCUCCCUGGGCUCCCCCGACAGCAGUAAAAUGAGGGGAUGGGCUAUUUGAUGUUUUGAGCUCUUCUUGCUCAGAUGCACAAGAUGACAUAUUUAUUUUCCAUUAUAGGCUGGCCCUGGACCUCAGUCCAAGGUUAGAGAAUUCAUAGGAAACUCCCUUCCCCUGAGGAAGGGCAGUGGUGGUGGUCCCAUUAAUAGGAUGAGGCAGGGAGAGGGGAUGCAUGGGGUCACCCAGAGGUGGCCCUAAAAUGUGUGUGUGUGUAUGUGUGUGUGUGUGUGUGUGUGUGUGUGUGUGUGUCAGUGUCAAGUGUGUAAAGGGAAAGGAAGGAUAGAAGGUCACGGUGGCCAUGGAGAAAGUAAACUCACUCUUCUGCUUUUGACAAAAAGCAAACAUGGCUAUUGGGAUUUAUGGGGCCAGCAGGCCAUUCCUGGGGUUCCCUAAGCCCACAAAUGUCUUUAUUCCUAAUACUUUGCCCCUGGCUUUCUGCUGCAUUCUUCCAUUUAGAAACAGAGCAUGCAAGGUUUAGGGCAGGGAAGGUCUGGCCUCCUAGUAUGUGGAGUAAAUCCCCAUGAUUCUUCAAAGGAGAGAGAAAGAAGUGAGGUGGCAGGGAGGGCGGUCUUCAGGCCUCUGUUCCUCUCUUCUCCAACCUCCCUUUUAAAAAGAGGGAGAAGGCCAAGUGUGGUGGCUCACACCUGUAAUCCCAGCUGAGCCAGAGGAUCAUUUGAGACCAGAAAUUUGACACCAGCUUUAGUAACAUGGCAAGACCCUACCACUACAAAAAAAAAAAAAAAUGAAUAUUAGCAGAGCAUGGUGGCGUGAG